AAACGUCUUCCCUUCACUCGUUCUUCUCAACGACUUGAUCAACCUCCACCCUACAAGAUGUCCUGCUAUGACCUGUGCUCCAGCGGUGGCUCCGGCCUCAUCGGUGGCUCCGGCCUCAUCGGUGGCUCCAGCCUCAGCGGUGGCUGCGGCGUCCUCCGGCCCCAGCCCAUCGCUGACAGCGGGAACGAGCCGUGUGUCCGCCAGUGCCCCGACUCCACCACCGUGAUCCAGCCUCCCGCUGUGGUGGUCACCUUCCCCGGCCCCAUCCUCAGCUCCUUCCCGCAGAAUUCCGUGGUGGGAUCUGCUGGAGCACCCGUCCUUGCAGCCUCGGGGUCCUCCGGGGGCUAUGGGGGAUUUGGCUCUGGGGGCUAUGGGGGAUUUGGCUCUGGGGGCUAUGGAGGAUUUGGCUCUGGGGGCUAUGGAGGAUUUGGCUAUGGGGGUCUGUGUGGCUAUGGGGGCUCCUCCCUGGGCUAUGGGGGUCUGGGGUCCUGUGGGGGCUCCUCCCUGGGGUACCGGGGUCUGUUUGGCUCUGGGAGAUCCUUUGGCUCCUGCAGCUCUUGGUCCUCCCGCUAUGGCCGCUACCGCCGCGGCAGCUGUGGCUCCUGCUAAACCCGAGGGAAGAAUCCCUUGACUCGGCAAACGGCACCAGUGGAUCCUCACCUGAGCUCCUGAGGAAGGGGCAGAGCGUCAGAACUUCAUUUCAGACCGUGGAGACUGAACCCCUCUAGAAAUUCUCCUUUUGGUUUCCUCCUUCCAUUGUUCAGUCUCUUCCCUGCCCCUUACAGCGGCCAAAUGUGAGGCUCCACCACCCACUGGCUUCUCCCUGAAACUGCUGCCUCCUGCCACAAGGCUGAGGGAGCAGCUCUAGUGAGGGACAACCUGCUGGUCUUUGCCUCCCGUGUCCUCCUCCACUGGGGCCUUCCCUGCCCUUGCAAUAAAAAAAUCCUGCAUCCAA